AUGCCCGGUAACGCAGAAAGCCAAUUUAUUAGACUUGAAAUCAUUGGUGCAAAAAAUCUUCAAGUCCCUUCCAAGCGCAUGCCCGCUGGUAUUUACAUAUCCAUCAAUGUCGAUUCGAGGAGACGCUGGAAAUCAGCCAUUAGAGUCUUGUCAUCCCACAAAUCCGUAGCGUGGGGAGAUACCGCGACCCUAUCAUCACACGAGUCACCUGCAUUAUCAAUGGAGAUUAGAGCGCCCUUUGAGCUCGAUCGAACGCUGGGCAGUGGUGAAAUCAUCGGAAGACUUCAAACAUCGUGGGAUGAGUUGCUCGAUCAUGGAGAUGAACCAUUCGAAUUGUCCUUCCCACCCGUUCGUGGUGUCAAUCCUUCGCUCACGCUGAAGGCCACUGUUGUACAUGCUAGCGAUGAUCAGGACGGCGCACUACUUGACUCCCUCGUAGACCGCGAGAUUGCUCGAGACACAGAUGCGGGCCACGCACGAUGUGCCGAAUACACGACUAGCAAGACAGUCUCUCACCUGAACGAUGCUGUAGAGCGUUUUCAAUUGGUUCUGGACCGCUGUCCGGUCGACCAUCCUGACCACGCAGCGGCUCUCACCAACCUUGCGUGGGCCCGCUUUCAAGGCUACAUUCGAAACGAUCUCCAAGACAUUGACAUUGAUACCACCACUUCCCUCUUCCGCGAAGCCUUUGCAUUGCGUCCGCAGGGCCAUCUCGAUCACACAUUAUCUCUCCACCAUCUCAUUUCCGCACUGAUCUGGCGCUACAGCAAGGAGCGCACCGCCGUCUUCAUUCGCGAAUCCCUGCAGCUGUGCUACAAGCUACUGCCGCUCUGUCCAGAGGGCACCUACCUUCGUAGCAUCGGCGUAGACGGUGCAGUGAAUUAUGUGAUCAGCGGAUGCAACAAUCUUCCGAACGAUGUAUCUGACGAAGGCAUCCACCUUAGACGAGUCGUGCUCGAGCUCUGUCCUCCGGGUCAUCAACACCAUCCCCUUGCCCUCGCCGCUCUUGCACUUGCACUCAAUGGACGCUUUAGAGAACGCGGCAGCAUUGAUGAUCUAGAAGAGAGCAUACAACUUGGUCGUGAAGCUCUUCCUCUGUGCCCCGAGGGACAUUCUGGCCGUAGUGGCUACCUGAACAACUUGGCCUUCUCACUCCUGUGCCGCUUCAAUAACCAAGGUAAAUCUCAUGACCUCACUGAGGCCAUCUCCAUGUACGAAGAAGCGCUGCGUCUGUGUCCUGUUGGGCAUAAAUCUCGUGAUUUCUCAUUGGACAACCUAGGGAGCGCCCUCCGCACCCAUUUCAGCCAACGCGGUGAUGUCGAUGACAUCAACCGAGCAGUCAGCCUCACUCGCGAAGCACUGACGUUGCGCCCACCUGGGCGUCCAGGUCGUGACGCCACACUUAACAACCUUGCCACCGCGCUCGCAGAAAGAUAUGUCAAAUUGCAUGUCAUCGAGGAUCUCAACGAGGCCAUUGAUCUAUAUCGCGAAUGUCUUCAGUUAAGGCAGUUAGAUGAUCCAGAGCGCCAUAACACUUCUUCCAAUUUGAGCUCAGUGCUCUGCUCUCGUUUCACACAAACUCGGAAGAAUGCGGAUGUCGAGGAGGCCAUUCGGCUCUGCCAAGAAUCAUUAGAGGCUUUGCCUUCUCUACACCCAUAUAGAUGGUCCAGCUACAGAUGGCUGAAGCAAGGUUAUUGGUCUCGUUACCAAGUGCAAUACGAGCCGGCUGAUUUGUCACUUGCAAUGGAGAACUCCAGACUUGCGUCAAUGCACCCCACCCAAGGUUUCCCAAAUCGCAUUCUAGCAGCCUGGCACUGGGUUUUUGAUGCCGAGGCUUCUUGUCAUGAAAGUGCGCUCGAAGCCUAUGCGGUGUUUUUCGAGCUUCUUGACGCACAUUUUUCAACACGAUCAUCCACCACUUCGCGGCGUGAAGCCUCUGCCGCCUUCCGUGAUGCCAGAUCGCUGCCUGUAGAUGCGGCAUCAUGUGCCAUACGCAGGCACAACCUGAAAAAGGCCAUCGAACUCGUGGAGCGGGGUCGUGGCCAGCAAUGGUCAUUGGCCUCUCGACUCAAAACUCCAGUUGAAGAGCUCGAAACGGGACAUCCACAUCUAGCUCACAAAUUUUUGGAACUGAGCAAGCGCGUUUCCGACGCAGCUCAGGGUUCUGCAACCAUCGCGGACAGAGCUGCAGCUGAAAUAGCGGAAAUGAAGUACAGGAGAAUUAUGACGCAAUGGGAAGCUGCGGUAGCUGAAAUACGCGAUCUUCGAGGUUUCUCGCGGUUCCUACUUCCACCUUCGUACGAAGACUUGCAAGUGGCAGCUCGCAAUGGCCCAGUCAUCAUCCUCAUUGCCAGCCAAAACUCGUGCAGCGCUAUCAUUGUCCCAAAUUCGGGAGAGCCCCAUCAUGUUCGCUUCCCGCGCAUCACUGUCGCAGAUUUGGCGAAGCUCAAGGACGAUUUCGCUACGGCAAUCCGGCACGCGGCUCGUAUGCACCCAGCAGAGCCAAGGAAGAAGUUGCGAGUACGCUUGCGGAUAUUAUGGGACGAGAUCAUGCUACCCAUCGUUAACGUCCUACAGCAUGACCUGAAAUUGCGGCAUCGGUCUCGAAUAUGGCUGUGUCCGACGGCAGCCUUCACGUCCAUCCCUCUCCAUGCAGCUAACCCAUUCCGAAUGAAUGCAGAUCGCUCUGGGAGCGAGUCGUGCCUGGAGGAUCUCUACAUCUGCUCUUAUACACCCACACUUUCAGCUCUUAUUAGAGUUCGGCAGGCGAUGAAGACGCGUGCGACUCCGUCCUUCGCGGCGAUCGGACAAAGUCAACCAGGCGCAGGGCAAGGCGACGUGCUCCCGGCUGUUGACAGUGAGCUUGAGCUUGUCCAUACACUCGUUCCUCCCAACAUCAAGUUCACCAAUAUGUCGAAAGACGAAGCCACACAAGCAGGUGCGCUCAACGCUUUGCAGUGCAACACCUGGGUGCACCUCGCUUGUCACGGCAAGCAAGACCUUGAGCAGCCUUAUAACUCAUGUUUCGCCAUGAGAGACAAACCCGUUACGCUGCUCGACAUCAUGGAGAACAAUUCUCCGCAAGCUGAAUUUGCAUUCUUGUCAGCAUGUCAUACCGCCGUCGGCGAUGAGGAGACACCCGACGAAGCCAUCCACCUCGCAGCUGGACUCCAGUUUUCGGGGUUCAAAAGCGUCGUUGGCACGCUUUGGGGGGUCAGUGACGCUCUCGCAAAACACGUCGUGGAAGCUUUUUACAAGAAGAUGUUCGAAGACCUGGAGGACGGUGUCAUAGACUGUACGAAGGCGGCCUGGGCACUCAACCGUGCUACACACGCCGUGAUGACAAAAGUGCCGCUCGAGCAGAGGAUGGUUUUCAUACAUAUUGGUGUGUAGUUCUAUGUGGUAUUGCUGUCGUCUGGUACAUGUUCACAAGUUGUUUAUUUGUGAUCCCUUUUUGUCCUGUUUUUUUUGUAGUCAUGACCCUGAUACUGCACGAUGAACUCAACAUGUGCACCCAUCGGAGUCUGUAGCUUCGUCAAUCCCGGAUGGGUGCCUCGACUUGCGACCCGGAUCUCUGCACUACUUACAUUUACUUUGACGCAAGUGCUAACUUCAAUAUUAUGGCGAGGCACUCAUGAUUCAAUCCUUAUAAAUGAUUACUUGUACUCAUACAAAAGCAGAAGGACUCGACACUCUCCUGGUAUAUCCUCGACUUAUCC